ACUUAGAACCGUGGGAUUAUAGUGGAAUACUUGUCGUUAGACCUUCCGCGGAGGCGACCCCUAUCCGAACAAUACAAAAAAUCUAGGGACUAAACAAUAUUGUAGGCUCAAGGCUAUCCAUCUGAAAUUCUGAAAUCAAGUUCCAAACAAAAAUGGCUUCAACUGCUACAACUGAGAAGACCGCCAAAUGCGAGCUUCCAUAUCCAUUAACAAUGUUUCCAGUGAUAGCACCUCCUUUUAGUCCCCAUCAAUUCUUCUUCAAACCCAUUUCAACUGUUUCCGUUGAAGUUCUUCACAAUUUACAAAAAUCAAUUUCAUCAACUUUGGAGAAAUGUCUUCAAUCCCUUCAUUUUUCUGCUACCCAGAAUCCCUUUCUCAGCAAGCUACUUUCCUUUUCUUCUCACCUCCACAACUUCUCUCAGGUUCAUUGUAGAAAUCAAAGGAGUCAAAACUUCCUGUCAAGUCAGAACUUCGCAGCUGUUUUACCUGGUGAUUCAGUCGCAGGCAUUGUAGUCGGAAAUGGCAUCAUGAAUUUCCUGAAUAUCUACAACUCAUUGUUAGUUGUCAGGCUUGUUUUGACAUGGUUCCCAAACGCUCCACCUCAAGUUGUUAGUCCCCUAAGCACCUUGUGUGACCCCUACUUGAACAUAUUUCGCGGCAUAAUCCCACCGCUCGGAGGAACCUUGGAUUUGUCGCCUAUAUUAGCAUUCCUUGUUCUGAAUGCUUUUACAAGUGCAGCUGCUGCACUUCCUGCUGAACUUCCCCCAGUCACGGUAAAAAAUGAAGGAUCACCACAGCCUGGAUUAUCGGAUCUUACCAUGUCACAGAGAAAAUGGCAGAGAAGACUUCGUAGUAAGAGAUCGAUUACUUAUGAUGCUCCUAAUUAAUGCAUGUUUUAUAUGGUACUCAGAAUCUGUCUCUGAUCUUGAGUAGCUUGUUGUGAAAUUAUAUUCUAAUUACUGUUUGUUGUAUGAUUAAAUUUCUAGUUAUUUUUUCUGUAUAUUAUGAGCCCGGAUAUCCCGA